AUGAUGUGAAUUUAAAAAAAAUUCCACCAAAAAAAUUGUGAUGUUUUUCUCAUCAAAAUGAAAUAAAAUCAACAGUUCACACAAAUUGUAUCACAGGUGUUCGGCGACGCAAGACGUUUUCUUGGUACACAAUUUUUUUUCUUAUAUUUCAUUGACACACUGUAUAAUACACUAUUAAUAGUUGUAGUGCGUUAAAUUUGAAGACUAAAAAUUUGCAAGAACAAAAAAGAAACGUCCGCCAUAAAUGAAAUACAGCAACGAAGUGAAUGUAAAUAUCUAGUUGGAAAUCGAAAUUCGAUCGCGAAAAGUAUGUCGGCGUCAUCGAUUGAAAUCAAAGGAAUAAUAGCCAAAAGUGAAUGUUCCAGUUCAUCGUCAAAGAAAAAUGAUGGCGUAUAUUCUGCUUCGAAUUUAAUUUUAAGAACUCGAAUGUUACAACGUAAAUCUCAAAAUCGUCCGGCUGGCAUGAUUAUGUCUGGUGGAAGUAUAAAUGGGCUCAGUUCGGAUAUUCGGCAACGUGUAUUAUCUGCACGUCAACAUCGACAUAAAAGUUUGCAAAAUCAGUUGAAUCUAGCACUACAGCAAAAUUCGGAAUUGGUGAAUGAGAAUCGUUUAUUGAAAACAUUGCAUAAGCGUCAAGACAAUGCAUUGAGCAAAUAUGAGGGAUCUACAGCCGUACUACCGCAAUUGAUUAAAUCGCAUAAUGACGAAUUGCGCGUAUGGCAAACAAAGUAUCGCACAAUUAAUAUACAAAAUCGGGAGCUAAACAAAAAACUACAACAAAAAGAUAAGCUCGUUAACGAGCUCAAUGAUCGUCUCAAGCAUUUAUCGAUUUUAACUACUGAAAGGCAUCUGGAAGAGAGAGAAGUUCUUCAAACAAAGGUCGUGUCAUUGGAACAAAAAUUAAGCGAAAAAGAAGAAGAGAUAAAAGUUCUCACUCGACGAAAUACAUUAGAGGCCAAAAAUUUCAAGACGCAACUUGCGAACGAAAGAAAGAAGUACAAAGAAUUGUGUCAAAAACAAAAUGGGGACAAGCAAGUUGGAUCCUCAAAUGACUCGGACUAUAGCAGUGCCAAAGAUGCCAAAGAGGUCAAGCACAUCAACGCACUAUCACUGGUGAGUGCUUCAUCUGCUAUCAGCAAAGAAACCCCACCAACAGAUAUACUGCACAUUGAUACUGAAGAUGACGAUGACGAUGACUUGGUUAUCAAGCAAUUGCUUGAUAAAGAUGUGUGCUCGAUUACAAAUAACGAUACAACUCCAAUUACUAGUAUUAGACGGUUGGAUGAUAUAAAACAUUUUGCCAACGAUGGUGCACAGAACAUUCAUGCAAUCCAUCAGAAAAUACAGAACGACAUCGAGAAAAAUGAAGCUUUAUUGGAUUUACAUUGCGACGAAAUUAGUCGCGAUAUUGGUGCAUUAAAUCUAUCGAAGAAUUCGCAACUAUUUGAUGAUAUUGAUGAAUCCGGCGAUUCGGGAGCAUUAAAACCAAUCAACGAUUUAUUUCAAAUGAACAACGAUAAGCGAAACGGUUUCAACGAUAAGAUAAAUGGCCUCAAAGAAACAGUAUCGUUUAAUUCGGAUAAAACAAAAAUACCAAGAACUGUAUCGUGUUUGCCACGUUUCAACAUAAAUGUUGGCGGUAAACCAACGAAACGAAUGCCCAUUGAUCAACAAAAAAAAACCAAACUGUUGGCACAACUGAAAUCAAUUGAAUCGGGAAACGGAUGUCUUUAAUUCAAAUUUUAUUUUCGCAAACGUAAACCAGGUUACUAAGAAUUUACAGAAUAAAAUCCAUUCGAUUUUAUUAUUUAUCAUCAUAACAAUCUUGUUCAACGUUUGUGUUUCUUAUUACUUAUUUA